GACAUUUUGUCAUAAUUAAAUAUUCGCUAUCAGGAAUUCAUACUGGAACUCAUAAUGUUUUAACGUAAUGUUUUCAUGACAAAGAGACAUCAGACCUUGGACUUUAAGGCUUUUUAUUGAUAAUAAAAAUAUAUCACUCUUUUUGGCCUAUAAUCAAAUAGGAAUAUUAGUAUAUAUGUGUGAUUUUAAAAAUAAUCGCUCACAUUCUUCUUUUAUUACUCAUACCUGAUCAUAAUAUUUUGAUCCUUGUUUCUCCGUUUCAAUAAGUAUUUUGAUACAGAAACGUUCGAAGAGAGGGAUAACAGAAGAGGGGAUGAGUUAAUUAUAUGAGAAAUAAUUGGCAAACCAAUCCUGAGUCGUGCAUUAUGCAGAGUCGGUAGAAUCACUAAAGUGCAUUUAUAAUCAUAAUAAAUUCAUACAGUGUCUUGGAUUACUUAAAGUCAGGCAGAACGUUUGAGUAUAUACACAGAAAAAGACAGUUUUUAUCACAAUGAUUAUCAAGACUUUGCAUAAAGUUUUUGCAGGAAGACAAGUUAAUUUGUAUGGGCAAUCACAGCUAUUGAAGUCUAAUCAAUACUUGGGUAUCGGACAAAUGGCACGUUUGCUAUCAUCCCAUUAUGUCUCGAAGAAUAUUGAAUUCCUUACACAGGAUAAUCAAGUUACAUCAUCUAAAAAUAUCAUACAGAAUGUAAAUGCGGCAAACGAUCGUCCCUUGUUAGUUGUGCUUACUUGGUUGUUAUCAAAGAGACAGCAUGUUAUGAAAUUUGUUAACUUGUAUAUGGAACAAGGUUUUGAUGUGGCAGUGGUAUCUCUUACACCUAGACAACUUUUGUGGCCUGAAACAGGCUCCAGAUUAGUUGCAGCAGAUUUGUUAACUUUCUUAAAACGAAAUGAAAGCUAUCAACAAGUUUUGUUACACGGGUUUUCAGUAGGUGGUUACAUGUGGGGAGAGGUCUUGGAUAUAAUGGAAAGUAACAAGGAAAAGUAUAGUGGCAUUGCAGACAGGAUUGUUGGACAAGUGUGGGACAGUAUAGCUGAUGUGACUGAAAUUCCAAUAGGUUUUCCCAUUGCAGUAUUUCCGAAGAAUAAGAUAAUGCAAAAACUGGUGCGAUCAUUGUUGGAAUAUCACAUGAAGAUAAAUCAUGAAAAAGCAACGCGACAUUAUAUUCGAUCUAGUCAAGUAUUUCAUUCCUCCAGUAUACGUGUACCAGCAUUAUUAUUUGUAAGUAAAACUGAUCCUGUUGGCACUCUAUCCAGCAACUUAAGUUUACGCGACAAUUGGGAAUCUACAGGAAUAAAGACUUACGUGAAGGUAUUCGAAUCAUCGCCGCACGUUGCCCACUUCUAUAAGUAUCCAAAGGAAUACGUUGCCGAACUCUAUACCUUUUUACAAAAAUUAAACUUGAUACGAAAUGAAGAAAAAAUUAAAGCGCGUCUGUAAUUAUUUUAAAGGCACUUCGGAUUAUGGAUCAAUUGUAUUUUUUAUAUAAAAUUGUCUUUUCAGUGAUAUUUUACAUAAUUUACAUCGAAUAUUUGUAGUAUAUCUAGCGUUUGAUACACGUAUGCCGUAUGCAAUGCACAGAUUAUAGCAUAUAUAGUAAAUAAUUUUUUAUAUUUUACAAACUAUUUGUAUAUCAAAUUAUAUAAUCUAAGUAAUCAAAAGGUUUUUGGUACACAAAAAAUCAGGUCUUUAAAAAUGUUGAAAAAGAUUUUUGAGUUGACAACUGCCUUUCGCAUAAGGGAAAAUGCAUUAUUACUUAUAAUUAUUUAGAUAGAUUUAAUAGAUUAUAAUAUUCUAAAUGUAAAUUUUAUAUAAAUAACAUAUAUAUUACGAUUUUUUAAUCUUAUCUUUUUUGUGAAUAAAGCGAGAUAUAUUAGAUUA